AUGCUUCCCUCCAUCCUUUCAAAAUCAAGAAACGUGCCGUCACACCGCCGGCGUCGCCGUCUCCGUCGUCUUCUCUCCUCUUCCCUCGGCAGAGCUACAGCUGUCGCACCCGCCACCACCAUUACAGCAUCACCACCUCCAAGCUCCAACUCGCACCUCGCUUCUUCUCCUCAUUCCUACAACCAAUACGCCUCUAUCCUCCAAUCCUGCGUCGCCGCUGGUUCCCUGCGCACCGGCAGGCAGCUCCACGGAAGGCUACUCGUCUCGGGCCUCGGCUCCGACACUGUCUUAGCCACCAAGCUGGUUGAUCUGUACGCAGCCCGUGGCCAUGUCGAGCACGCGCGCCGCCUGUUCGACGGAAUGCCCAAGCGGAAUGUGUUCCUCUGGAACGUGCUGAUCAGGGCCUAUGCACGAGAGGGGCCCCGAGAGGCUGCAGUGCAGCUUUACCGCGGGAUGGCAGAGCAUGGUGUGGAGCCAGAUAACUUCACGUACCCGCUGGUGCUCAAGGCGUGCGCCGCACUCCUCGACCUGAAAACCGGGAGGGAGGUGCACGAGCGUGUCUCGGGCACGCGGUGGGGCGAGGAUGUAUUUGUUUGUGCCGGUCUUGUGGACAUGUAUGCCAAGUGUGGGUGCGUGGACGAUGCUCGAGCCGUGUUUGAUGGGAUUGCGAUGAGAGAUGCUGUGGUGUGGAAUUCCAUGAUUGCUGCUUAUGGGCAGAAUGGGCGGCCCAUGGAGGCGCUUUUAUUGUGCCGCGACAUGGCUACAAAUGGUGUAAGGCCGACGAUUGCCACUCUGGUGAGUACAAUAUCAGCAGCAGCUGAUGCGGCUGCUCUACCUAGAGGGAGAGAGCUGCAUGGGUUUGGUUGGAGGAGGGGCUUUGGGCAGCAGGAUAAGCUGAAGACUUCCCUUGUGGAUAUGUAUGCCAAGAGCGGGUGGGUUCAGGUGGCCCGCGUUCUCUUUGAUCAACUCACGAAGAGGGAACUUGUUUCCUGGAAUGCCAUGAUAUGUGGAUACGGGAUGCAUGGCCAUGCUGACGAAGCGCUCAAACUUUUUAACAAAAUGAGGGUCGAGGCUCUAGUGACUCCUGACAACAUCACUUUUGUUGGGGUUUUAUCAGCCUGCAACCAUGGAGGUAUGGUAAAAGAAGCAAAAUAUUUUUUUAGUUUGAUGGUGGAUGUGUACUCCAUCAAACCGACAGUGCAGCAUUUCACUUGCCUUGUGGAUGUUCUUGGCCAUGCUGGUAGGUUUGAAGAAGCGUAUGAUCUCAUAAAGGGCAUGUCUAUGGAACCAGAUUCAGGGAUAUGGGGUGCACUUCUCAAUGGUUGUAAGAUUCACAAGAAUGUUGAACUAGGUGAACUAGCCCUGCAGAAGUUGAUUGAGCUUGAGCCUGAAGAUGCUGGUAAUUACGUGCUUCUAUCAAAUAUCUAUGCUCAGUCUGGGAAAUGGGAAAAGGCUGCAAUGGUUAGGAAGCUAAUGACCAACCGAGGCCUGAAAAAGAUCGUUGCUUGCAGUUGGAUUGAGUUGAAAGGGAAAACACAUGGAUUUCUUGUUGGUGAUGCAUCUCAUCCUCGAUCAGAUGAAAUUUAUGUAGAAUUGGAGAGAUUGGAAGGUCUCAUGAGCGAUGCUGGAUAUGUGCCUGACACCAUGCCAGUUUUCCACGAUGUGGGAGAUGAUGAAAAGAGGAACAUGGUGAGGGGCCAUAGCGAGAGACUGGCCAUUGCAUUUGGGCUUAUUAGUACGCCUCCUGGGACAAAGCUUCUUGUGACUAAGAAUCUUCGAGUUUGUGAGGACUGUCAUGCUGUCAUCAAGCUGAUUUCGCAGAUUGUGCAGCGUGAAAUCAUCAUAAGAGAUGUUAACCGCUACCAUCAUUUUGCAAAUGGUGAAUGCUCUUGUAAAGAUUACUGGUGACCCAUGAUGACUAAACUAGUUGAAUUUGGCAGCAUGUGGCCGUAGUGCCAGUCUUGUACUCUUCUAGUUGUAUGACAGAAGAUAGUCCUGUCCAAAACAGUUUACUGCAAUGCUGUUCUACCAUACAAACUAAGAUUCUGACUAGGCGAGCUGGAAGCUAAAAAAUGCAAAGGUGAUGAAUUUGAUAUGGAGCCUCUCAUGCAUGUAAAAUCAUUCAGAAAAAUAAAUUACCAUGUUGAAUGUGGGAUAUCUGGUUCUCCACUGGUCUUGGUUUACUUGAAUCCCUGUCAGGAGUGGUGUAGACAAAAACCAUCGAGUAUGAGGUGCAAAACGGCUCUCCUCUCUCCAUCCCCAUCGUACUUCGUCCGUCAAUCCUCAAUGGUGUUGAAUCCUCCUUUAGUUCAUGAUGGAGGGCCUCCUCUGUUGGGAUUU